UUCUCAGUGUCGCCAAAGUAAGCAAAAUCACCAAAUCCGCCACCUCCUCCGUCACAACAUCUGGCGUGUAGGUGACACGUAUGCCCUUGUGUUUGCACUUAGGUAAAUCAAUUUUGUCCAACCCGGAGCCGUGAUUUGCUAUGAUUUCUAGAUUUGGGAGCGAGUUGAUUAGUUCCGAGUUAGCACCGUGGAUUCCAUUUCCUACCACUGCGAGAAUAGAUUUUGAAUUUUGAUUGAAAAAUUCGAGCUUGGAAUUUGGGGGAAUUUGCCAGAAUUUGAAAAGGGUGAAUCGUUUGGAGAGCUGUUCUUGGAGGUAAUUUGACAUUGGGCAAGUUAACAACACGCCUAUGCUUUCCAUUGUCGAUCCGAUCGGAGGAAUUUCAGUUCAUCAUUCACGGAAGGAUUCCUUGAUUUUUCCAGUGCAUAUUCUAACGGAACAUUCAUCCUUUAACUUUGCGAAAGCUAUAUAGAAACCAAUUCUAUGCGCAGCUUCAGGAUAUGGCUAUGGCGGUCGCACAAGUUUCAAGGAUUUACAAUCUCCAGCAUCCUCUUCCAGCUUUGCCAAGAUUUGCCCCACAUCAAACUACUCUCCCCACGAUGCCGUCCAGGAAUCUCUCUCUUGUUAGAGCUUCGAAGCCGGGAAGAGAAAACACAAAUGAGCCCGAUUCUGCGACCUUCAUUUCUUCGGCGGACUUGAAUUACUUAGUGAAAUUAGGAGCUGGUUCUCUUGCUGGUGCAGCUGCAAUUAAAUAUGGAAGUAUCAUACUCCCAGAAAUAACACAGCCCAACAUUGUGCAGGCACUGAUUAUGAUAACUACUCCAGUUAUUGUAGCUGUCGUCCUUCUGAUCAAGCAAAGCCGUGUAGAUUGAACAAGUUUUUAUUUGACAUUUGCCCUGGAAGUGAACACAAGAUGAACUUCGUCCAGCUUCUAUUUGGAGAUCGAGGAAGAUAUGCCCAUCCCAUGAUUUUGAACUAUGUUUUCGACAAUGAUACAUAAAGAAACAGUGAAUUUCGUGAGUAAAAUGUUGUAAUAAUGCGUUGUUCAGAGUCCUUGGGUUUAUGAAUAAACACAUUGUUAAGGGCUUUUCUACGGUUUCUUAUU